UUCAAAUUUAUACAAAAGAAAAAACACAAGACUAGUUGUUGCAGCUGCAAAUAGAAGAAAUCAUUUCAACUGUUUGUUAGCUGAGAUCUUGGAAGAAGAUAUCCUAAUGGCAAAAUCUAGUAGAAAGAAACAGCUUAUUUUCCAACCCCUCAGGAGGAGAAAACAGGCAGCAAAUGACAGGAGGUUCUGCAUCAUAUGGAUCAACAGGAUGGUGAAUAAACAGGUGGAGAAGCGAAUCGCAGAGCUGCGUUCAGAAUUACUUCUCAUGAAUCAUGUCCUGAAAGUGGAGAUGGCGCUUGAGCUUCAGGAGGAGCAGAGAGAGUCAGUGCCAGAAGAAGCAAGAGAGAGAUUCCUGCAUUACACCAAGCUGGACCGAGAGCAGAGGAUGACAAGGUGGCUACGGGAAAUGGAGGAAGAAUGCAAAGAGAAAACUGAGGAGGAUAAAGAAGAUGAAGCAAAAUCUCUGGACCUGGAGACAUUAAGCUUCAACUUUUCCACUACAGAUGCUAACAGCUUCUUCAUAAUGAGGAAACCACCAAAAUGUGAGUUAGAGGAAAACUUGAAGAUUGUGUUGAAUGGCUCCAGCGAUGCAGACACCAGCGAUGCAGACAGUUCACAACCAGGUAAAUGUGAGCAAGAGGAAAACCAACAAAUUCCAUCAGAUGGUGCCACUGUCGCUGACACCAGACAGUUUAUGAAAGAAUCAGAGGAGAAGAAAAGCUCAAGGAGUCCCUUUCAUGCAAACCCCAGUUUCAUGACUGGGGAACUAAGAUGUGAGGAGGAAAGAGUCCAAGUGGCAAAAGAAGAGGCGGCUUUGCUGAUGGACAGACAAUGGAAGGAAUGGAUGGACAAACAGGAAAUAAAAGGAAACCAUAACAAAGCAAAGCCAGUUGACCAACAGAAUACUGAAAAACAGCGAGGGGCAGCACAUCCUGUAUCAGAAAAACAGACUAAGCAAACCGUUAAAGAAGUGGACACCAUGAAGAAAAUUAAGACAUAUCUCAGAGACCUUUUUAAUCCUCAUACAUUUUAUAAGUGGGAGAGAUUAGAAGAUGAGGACUGAUUAACUCAACUAUACAUGUUUCAUUUAUCUUCUCGCCAUUAUAAGGCUCGUUUAUAAAGCCUCCAAGAAUGUGUGUAUUAGGCCUAAGGGUUAUAUUGAGUAAAUAAAGCAUUGUGCAUGACGAGAACAA